AUGGGGUGCCUGCAGGCACGUGGGUUGCUGGUGCUCCCCGUGCUGCUGCUGGCGGCAGUAUGCUUGGUGCCGUUCAUCAGCAGCGUUGCUGGAGAGGUGACGCUGGUGGAGGAUGAUGCGGGCGCGUUUCACAUCAACACUAGCGAUCCAAUGAGGCAGCCUGUGUUUGUGAACGGGGUUGAUGUGCACGAGACGCUCAGCAUGUUGAUGAGCACCGUGUCGGCGCAGCAGAGCCUCAACGCUGCACAGCAAAGUACAAUCGAUGCACAACAGAGCGCAAUCAAUGCCCAGCAGAGGGCGAUUCACCGUGUCCGUGGCGAAGCGUGCGCUUCCAGCGCCAGCACGUUUGGGCAGCUGGAGUCAGCAGGAAACAAGUGGCUUGGGGGUGUGCUGGCUAACAACGGCCUGAUCUACGCAGCACCACACAGCUCAUCCUCCGUGCUCAUCAUUGAUCCAAGCACGAACACCGUCGACACAACCACAAUCUCCGGACUCGGAACUGACCUUCGUAAGUGGGCAGGUGCUGUGCUCGCAAACAACGGCCUCGUCUACAUGCUUCCGUCAAACAGGGCGGCCGUACUCAUAAUCUACCCGGACACUAACACUGUUGAUACCACAAGCAUCACAUCGCUUGGUUCCGGUGAUCAAAAGUGGUACAGUAGCGUUUUUGCGAGGAAUGGCCUCAUUUUCGGCAUUCCGUACUCUGCCACGUCUGUGUUGAUCAUUGAUCCAGAGACAAACACGACAGACAUCACCACGCUGUCCGGGCUGUCGACCCAGCUGUACAAAUGGUAUGGCGGUGUUCAGACCGACAACGGCCUCAUCUAUUGUAUCCCCGUGACGGCUUCUUCUGUCCUCAUCAUCAACCCAGAGUCACUGACAAUGGACCUUACCACCAUCAGAGGUUUUGGUACGAACGGCAAGUGGUUUGGCGGCGUUCUUGCAAAAAAUGGUCUCAUCUACGCCAUACCAGGCCGUGUUGCAACGACACUUGUCAUCAACCCAGCCACCAACGCCACCAACGAGCUCGUUCUUGCAGAAGCAACCGGCUCCCCAAGGUGGAUCGGUGGUGUACUCGCACCCAACGGCAACAUCGUUGCCAUCCCCUACUACUCGCCAUCAGUGCUCAUCUUCGAUCCAACCACCAAUGCCGCCGACACAACAACCAUCAGCGACCUUGGUGGCGACAGAGAGUGGUGGAGUGGCGUCUUGGCUCAGAACGGUCUCAUCUACUGCAUUCCAUCUUACGCUGAGUCCGUUCUCGUCAUUGACCCUGGCUGUUGA